AUGGACUUCUCGACUCAAACCUAUAUACCCCCGCCCUACAGCGUCGUGGAUCCCUUCCUUUCAAAUAACCAGCAGCAUUCGUCCCAGUCAACUGAGCCUGCUUUAUGGUCCAACUUUCUCAGUUCUGUCCCCUCCGCUACUAGCGAAUAUCCUUGCGACGAAUCGAAACCGCAAAUCCCCCAUUGGUCGCAGCUCCCGCCAAGUUCGACGUUGCCGCCAUCCGCUAUGGGUGUCAUGGACCUGGGUGGGCGGCCCGCCGUGACGGAACUAAUGUUCCCUUCAUCUCUAUCCAAUGGUCCGAUUCCCAUGGACUUCCCCGACACUGGAAGCCUCUCUACAGGUUGGCCUCAUCCAAAGGCACUGUCUCAGGCCACCGAUGAUUGUGUAGUUGAGGAAAUAAAACCCAGCAAGCACAUAUGCGAUCUUUGUCCGGGCCCCCUCAAGGCACAGAAAGGCCGGUGGCUUCUUUGUCCAAAAUGCACUUACUCGCUCUUGAAUAGACCAGAGGAGCCGAAUCCCUUGAUUCGCAAUGGGGGGAAGGCGACGUUCAAGUGUGUUUACCCUUCGGAGGACUUCCCCGUGAAGAAUCACAUCGACGAGUCUACGGGAGUGUGCCAGGCGCUGUACGCAAUGUACUUGUACUACCUUAGGGAGGAGAGCGCUCUGCACAUAAAAGAUGGCUUGACACACACUGAAUUCCAGAUUCUGGUCAAGACGAACGCGUCGCGGCGCGCAUAUACAGAUUUUGGAAUCGAACCGCCAAUGUCAUCCGGGGAGGAAGAGUAUGAUACUUUUGGGGAUGACGAUGAUGUCUCAGACUACGAGUUUUAG